GCUUCAUCUCUAAUCCAACAAAUACAAACAAACAAAAAAAGAAUCACCUUCCUAGUUUAUUUCUAUGCGCUACUUAAGCGCGUGAGAAAGUACGAUCCACGUGGAACUAGCUUCUUUCGCCAACACAACACAGAGUUUGGCUCACGAAAAAGUGUGCGCGUGGGGAAGAAAAGGGUCUCAUAUAUAAUUGGAGUGUAAAAUGUUUGACCUUUUUGUUUGGGUUUAUCUCUUUUAGACUCAACAACAGAUAAAUUUGUUGGUUUCAAGUAUUAUCAAUUUCCCGGCGAAAUCUCCACCAGAGUUAUGGGAAUCACCGGAAGUCUAACGCCAGAUCAGCUCGAUUUUUUCCACUCUCAAGGGUAUUUGGUAAUCGAAUCGUUCGCGAGUGAGGAUGAGAUAAGAGGCUUAAGGAAGAGGAUGGAUGAGUUGCUUAAUCAGUUUGAUUGUUCCGUCUCCUCUAUCUUCUCCACCAAAAAUCAGAAGCACACCACAGAUAAUUACUUCUUUGAGAGCGCUGAGAAAAUCUCCUUCUUCUUUGAAGAAAAAGCUUUUGGUGAUGAUGGGAAAUUGAAGCAACCCAAACAACUCUCUAUAAACAAAGUUGGGCAUGCACUGCAUGAGCUUGACCCAUUGUAUAAGGAUUUCACAUAUUCGUCAAAGUUUUCAAGUUUGGCAUCAUCCUUAGGUUACAGGAGACCAGUUGUCAUGCAGUCUAUGUAUAUUUUCAAGCAACCUGGAAUUGGAGGCGAAGUUGUGCCGCACCAAGAUAAUUCUUUUGUGUACACGGAUCCACAGAGUUGUACUGGUCUCUGGAUUGCUCUUGAAGAUUCUACAUUAGUUAAUGGUUGUCUUUGGGCAAUUCCUGGAUCUCAUAAGAAUGGUUUAGUUAGAAGGUUUAUCCGUGGUGACAACGGUAUAACCUUUGAUCAGCCAUCCCCAUCUUACGAGCAGAAAGAUUUUGUGUCUAUUGAAAUGAAAGCAGGCUCAUUGAUUGCCAUUCAUGGUGAUCUAAUCCAUCAAAGUUUCGAGAAUCUAUCCUCGAAGUCAAGACAUGCCUAUAGCUUACAUGUAGUAGAAUCUGAUGGAUGUAAAUGGGCAAAAGACAACUGGAUACAAAGAGCAAAAAUGCCGGAGCCUCUCUAUGUUCUUCCUUGAUUCAAGCCAGUCGUGGAAAAACACUGUGAGUUACUGUUUAUCAAAUUUCUUUUAAGAUCACUAUCUUUGUGAGAACUAUGAACAGUAAUAAGAACAUGGCUAAAAGGGCCUUCUUGUGUCGUUUACUUGUUGAAAUACAAUUUGUUUCUUCUUGGUCUCUGUAGUUCUGUCUUUAAAUAACCAAACUCUGUGGUCAAUAAAGUGUGACAGUGAUUACUUGAUGUUUCUUUGAAUUCACAGUAAUUAGACACAAGAGUAAGGACUCAUAAACAGUUAAAGAGGUAGAAGAAAGUUUGAGAAAUAAGUGACCAUUGGAUUUUGUUUGAAAUGUUAUUGUGAUUGGAGGAAUGGGACAAAACUAUCUCUGUCCUAUCGUAAUUGUACCAGGGCAAAAGAAAACGUGGGACAGAGAUCUUUUGAGUUGCAGAAACAAUAGAGUCAAUUAAAGAGUUAUGGUCGUAGUGAUAAAUGCUUUGUGUAGUUGUCUUUUGGAAGUGUUCUUGAUCCUCUCUCUCUCAGAAAGCAAUUUGUCAUACAUUCAUGAUCUUAAAAGUACAAAAGAUGGGUCGAUGUUCUGUUUCUGUUAAAUUAUUAUUUCAGAAUUUUGCACAAAAACCCUCGG